UAAAAAAUAAAAUUUAAUUAUUAAAUGAUUUAAUAAAAAUUUAACUAAUAUGAAAAAACGUAGUUCUGUACCAGAUGUCGAUCGGGAUCCGGAAGACGAAAAUUAUAAAUUUUUCGAAAUUAAUGAAAAACCUGUUAAUGAUAUAUCAAUUGAAUUCUUUUACAAACCUCACAGCAUUACAUUAUUGGCAUUAUCGAUAGCUGCUGUUGUAUACAAAGCUUUCGUUAGGGAUGAUAAUGAUUUAGAAGAUAAUAUAUGGGCAGGAAUAUGUUGUGUUGUAUUCUUUUUUAUGAUUAUAUCAAUUUUAACAUUCCCAAAUGGACCGUUUACACGACCCCAUCCAGUUGUUUGGCGUGUGGUGUUUGGUCUUAGUGUUUUAUAUGCACUGUUGUUAUUGUUCCUAUUGUUUCAAAAGUAUAAAACAAUUAUGGCCAUUAUACAUUGGCUGGAUCCAGGAUUAAAAGAAUUUCAUAUUGAUAUGGACAGGGAAUAUGGUGUGAACUGUUCAGAUAUAUCAGUAGAAAGAAUUUACAGUUAUUUGGAUGUAUUCGCAUUAGGACAUUUUCUGGGUUGGAUGUUUAAAGCAAUCCUUAUCCGACAUUUAGGUAUAUUAUGGGCGACAAGUGUUAUGUGGGAAUUUACUGAAAUGGCAUUUGCCCAUUUGUUACCAAAUUUUGUUGAAUGUUGGUGGGAUGCAUUAAUUUUGGACGUAAUUGUUUGUAAUGGUUUGGGUAUAUGGGUUGGAUUAAAAAUUUGUAAGAUUUUGGAAAUGCGAGAGUAUAAAUGGGUCAGUAUACGGGAUAUUCAUUCAACAUCAGGCAAAAUAAAACGUGCAAUGUUACAAUUUACACCAGUUAGUUGGACCCAUGUUCGUUGGUUGGAUCCGAAAUGUACAUAUAUGCGUUUUAUUAGUGUAUGCCAAUUAGUGAUAUUUUGGCAAGUUUCGGAAUUAAAUACAUUCUUUUUGAAGCACAUUUUCGAAAUGCCUCCAUCGCAUCCGUUCGUUACCAUACGAUUAAUGUUUGUUGGUAUUGUGGUUGCACCAUCUGUAAGGCAGUAUUAUAUGUACGUUACUGAUACUCAAUGUAAACGAGUUGGUACCCAAUGUUGGGUAUACGGUGUCAUUAUGGUCAGUGAAGCAAUUUUAUGCAUCAAGAACGGCAAAGAAUUAUUUGAACACACUCAAGCUUUGAAUAUUAUAUUUUGGUUAUUCCUUCAAUUUUGUGUUUCUGUAAUAUGUGUAUAUGGAUGUGUUUUAUGGCAUCGAUAUUUCCAGACAUCAAAUAACGACGUUUCACAAGAAUGUUCACCAGUGAAAAUAUCUUCAAAAAAUCAACUCCAUUCUUCUUUGAAUCAAAACGAACAAAUAGGGGACAUAUUUAGUAGACAGAAGAUACCUGAUGUGAAAAAACUCAAUGAUAAAGAAGAUUGAAGGUUUGACGCGAUGACACAAGUGCUUUUUUCGAUUGUAAAAGGUUGGUUAAUUCCAUGUUGUAUUCGUUUAAUUUUUGGGGGAGUUUUUUUAAAAGCAAAAUCGUGAAAUCUAAGUCUUUUUAGAGCAGCUUUUUUUUAAUUGCAAAAUUCCCUUUUGAUAUAAACUAAAAAUAUUCGAAAUUAAUAUUUUUAUAGACUUUUGUUGUUUUUUAUUAUUAAAACCACAAACUUUGUUCAAAUUUCAAAUGCAUAUCAUUGAAAUUUUUAAAACUAAGCUCUAUUUUUUGAAAAUAGCAUUGAAAUACCAAAAAAUAAUAUUAAUUUUUAUUCAUAAUAAUUUUAUUAAACUUUUCUUUUGUAACAGGGUUAUCUCAAGUAGGAAAGUCUUGAACUGUCCAAUUAACCCUUAACUGCAGCCGUGAUAUUCGAGAGUUGAAGUUCGAGCAGGUCGUACUGUUCUCAAACAUCAAAAACGUUAAGAAAUAGAAAACUUUUGCAUUCACCUAUUUAUUUAGCUUUCCUGCAGCCUUCUGCAUCAUUCCAUUUCCUGUUCAUAGACUAAUCUAUCCAACCGUUAAGACCCGGAAUAAUUAUAUUCUCUAGUACAUUUACACUUUAAUAAAUCUUUCUCUAUUAACGAUAAAAAAUAUACAAUAGACACUCUCACUCAGAGGUAAAAUGUCCUUAGGGUAGAAUCUAUUAAUCUUCUAUUCGCUCUCAUUUAAACACUUUUCUUGAGCGCAUUGAUGGGAAUAGGGGUAAGCCGUAGUCGUCGGAGGCAAACUGCCCUAGAGGCCAUCGUUUCAAUUUCUCCGCUCCGAAAUAGGUCAUUCAGAUGGCGCCGUUUCAUAAGCCCAUACAAAAACGAUCGGAAGCAAUAUAUCAUUUUUCGUUUUUUUUCCUACUUUCUUUAUUCGCAGUCUAUUUUAUAAAUCUACGUCUGUAGUUUAAGGGUUUAUCAAUCAAUUAAUAAUUGAUUACUAUUCUUAUAAACAAUUCAGAUACAAUUUUGACAUAAAUAUUCCUAGUGUGGCAACCCUGUUACAAUUUUAAUGAAAAUAUACUUAAGUCAUUCUCCUUAAAUUUCUUUCUACUAUAAAUUCACAAUUUCAAACGAUUAUAGGUAACAGAUUCAUCGAAAUGCCAAAGGGUUGCACCUUUUUAUUUAAGGGGCAAAUUUUAAUAAAUCCUACAUGUAUGUGACCUAUUUAUGAAUUAAUGUCUGAAUUUUUGUUUUUCAUAAUAUAUAUAUAUUU